UAAAUAAAAAUUUUUAUUUUUUAUUUUUAUUUAGCUUUAAUUUUGGGUGAUCAUAGGUUCUCUCUUGAUGACCUUUAUUGAAACCAAAAGGGACUGAACUGGAUGUUGCAAAAAGCAGAAAUGGAAUGUUAGUGCCACGUGGCACCACUCAGAGCCUCUACAACCUUAUCCCACAUCCAAAAAUCUGAUCCAUCUCAUCAUCCAAUAUCCAAAAAUCAGCCAUUUCCCUUCACAUACCCCAAAGACAAAUCACCCUAAGCGAUUUGCUGCUCAAUUUCCUCUUCCAUUGUUCUUUGGGUUAGUUUCAUCCUACUCCUGCAGGCAUAUCUGCAACUCAAGGGAACAAAAAUGGCAUCCACUUCCUGCUUCUUGCACCACCAUGCACUCGCUACUCCUAAUAGAUUGUCUUCAUUGUCCCAGCAGCGUCAAGUGUCUAGCAACACCAAGCCUACCAACCAGUUCAUCUGUCGUUCUACCCACAAGCAGCCUCCACAGGAGGAGGAUGUUGCCCUUGUCUCCAGAAGAUUGGCUCUCACAGUACUCAUUGGUGCUGCAGCCAUUGGCUCCAAGGUUGCUCCUGCAGAUGCUGCCUAUGGUGAAGCUGCCAAUGUCUUUGGCAAGCCUAAAACAAACACAGACUUCUUGCCAUACAAUGGAGAUGGAUUCAAAUUGUCAAUUCCAUCAAAAUGGAACCCAAGCAGGGAGAGAGAGUUCCCAGGUCAGGUUCUUAGAUAUGAGGACAACUUUGAUCCCAACAGCAACGUUUCUGUCAUUGUCACCCCAACUGAUAAGAAAUCCAUCACUGACUAUGGUUCCCCUGUAGAAUUUCUUGCCAAGGUAAACCCUUCUCUUCUCUUCUUGUUCUUACCUUCCAAUUUUGCCUAAAAACCCAGAUUGAAU